AUGGAUUCUGCCAUGAGACUUGACGAAAGUGGAUCAGAAGAUGAUCUUGAUUUAAUCGACCUUGAAGUGGAUCAGAAUGAAAAUGCAGAUGUGCAAGUGCAACCGAAAAAGAAACAGGACACGAAGCGCAAAAGAAAACUCACAUCAAAAGUUUGGUUGCACUAUGAUAUACUUCCACCCGGCAAAGACAAGAAAAGAAGAUGCAGAUGUAAGAAGUGUGGGAUUGAGUAUAUUGCGGAGGGCAGGUAUGGCACUGGUAAUUUAAAGAGGCAUAUAGAUUCGUGUGUUAGGAGGGAUACACGGGACAUAGAAUGUAAAAGAGGGUUAAGGCAAGAUGUUCCUACAAGAUGGAAUGCGACAUAUCUUAUGCUUGAGUCUGCCAUUUAUUAUCGUCGGGCUUUUUGUCAUUUACAGUUGAGUGAUUCAAAUUACAAGUUCUGCCCAUCUCAAGAGGAGUGGAGUAGGAUAGAAAAGAUUUACAAGUUCUUGACUAUUUUUUAUGAUGUUACAAACAUCUAUUCUGGAUCCAAGUAUCCCACAGCAAACUUGUAUUUUCCAUCUGUGUUUUCGGUUCAAUUGACGUUGCGAGAGGAAAUGGAUAGUAAGGAUCAGUUUAUGAGCAAGAUGACAACUCAAAUGUAUUCAAAGUUUGCAAAGUAUUGGUUUGAUUAUAGCAUGAUCCUUGCUAUUGCUGUGAUUUUAGAUCCUAGAUACAAGCUUGGGUUUGUUAUUUUUAGCUAUAACAAGCUUAAUGGUGAUAACAACAUUGAGAACACACUAGUUCGUGAUGCAUUGUUUAACCUUUUUGAUCAAUAUUUGUUGAAUUCUCCUAUGGCUUGUACCACUAAAUCCACAUCUUCACCAAAUGAUGAAAGUGGGAACCAGCAAGUUGAUGAGGGACAGUUAACUAAAAAGUUCAUUGAUGUUAUGAAGGAAUUUGACUCAUUUGAGAAUGAUAAAUUGCUUGGAAAUGCCCAAAAAUCGGAGUUGGAACUCUAUUUAGAUGAACCAAAAAUCAAUAGAAAUGCGAACCUUGACGUGCUUGCCUAUUGGAAAGCCAAUCAGUUUAGGUAUCCAGUGCUUGCUCAAAUGGCUCGUGAUAUAUUGAGCAUUCCAAUCACUAUAGUUGCUUCUGAGUUUGCGUUUAGUGUUGGUGGUCGGGUUCUUGAUCAAUAUCGUAGUGCACUUAAACCAGAAAAUGUGGAGGCUUUGGUAUGCACGAGGGAUUGGCUUUUUGGUUUGAAAGAUACAAUGGAGCUUCAAGUGGAUGACUUGAUUGAUAAUGUGAUGAAACUUAAUAUCAACAAUGAUGACCCUGCUGAAGGCCAAUGUUCCACCAGUGUUAGCGUGACCGAACAUUAA